AUGACCCCAGCCCAACGUGCUUUGCAUGUAACCAUCGAGGAGAAUAUCACCGCUCUACAAGAAGGCAAACAACGUCUAGAUAUCGGUCCCCCCACCGAACGAGUUCUAGUCAACCUCGGACACGAUGAGGCCUCCAGACGAUGGUUAGAUGAAUCAAUGGGUGCGACGGAGGUGCGAGUAGCUGAUGAAAUGGGUGCGAUGAAUGCGGCUGUAGCUCAAGCUGUCCGAUCCGCGAAUAGAGCAGACGCUGUCGUGAGAUCAGUCGGUCCCACCAUGUACGGAGUUGCUGAAAUCACUGAUCCGGCAGAUGAUCUUAUGAGAAUGCAACAAUCCUUCCGUGUGGUUACUGUCCAUUUCCCUGCCUUUGUGGACAAUGUGAAGAGGGUGGCUGUGCUCAGAAGGGAGUCUGCUUUACUGAGGGCGGAAGACGAACCAGAUGAAAGAGUUCGGCAUGGAAUUACGGAUGAAUCGGAAGCGAAUGCGCAAAAUCUGCUCGGUGCUGCAAGAACUGUUGCGGAUAGCUUCACUGAACUGCUUAAAGCAGCGACUCCACUAACUACUCGACAGACUGAAUACGAUUUGGAUGUCGUGAACUACGUGACAGAGCAAGGCGUCCAGGCUCCGGGUUCUUCGAGAAAGGCUAUUCUGGAGGCCGCAAAUAGAGUCGGCGAAGCCAGCAACGAUUUCUUGCGCUAUGUGAUGCAAGAUUCUGAAGUUACUGAUGGCGAAAUCGUUCCUGAAGAAGACGAAGGAGUAUAUCAGGCUGACCAGCUAGCCAUCUUCCAGGAUAAACUCCUCGAAUUGGCUAAAGAGGUUGCGAAUUCUACCGCUGUGUUGGUUGUCAAAGCGAAGAAUCUGGCCACUCAAACCAACUUGGAUUCUGAACACCAACAGAUGGUUGUUAUGAAUGCAACUCAAACUGGACUGUGCACAAGCCAGCUGGUCGCUUGUACAAAGGUAUUGGCUCCUACUAUUCACCAAGCCUCUUGUCAACAACAGUUGUCAGAGUCUGCUCGUGACGUUUCAAACGCCGUUGAUAGUGUUGUGCGUACAGCACGUAGCAGUGGCCAAACAGCUCAUGAUAGAAUGGAUCUUUCUGAUGCAGAUGUUCAGGAAGUCAAUGCCGCUGUUAUUGAAGUUGAAGAUGCUGCAGUCGAAGUUCGAACUUCAUUGGAUCGUCUAAAUGCUCAUCUUCUAAGUGGAUCUGCUCGGCCAUACCAGGGUGACUCUUUGGACCUCUUCCAACAAGCCUACGACGCUCUUCAACAAGAGACAGAUGGUGUGCGUCUUGUUGCUGCGGCUAGACGUCUCUCUCAAGUCACAGCACAAAUGAUCACCAAUCUGAAAGUGCAAGCUGAAACUCUCGAAGGAGAUCCUGAAAGACAAACGCGUCUGUUUGCAGCAGCUAAACAACUUGCUGAUUCUACAACUGACCUUAUCAACCAGGCCAAGGUCUGCUCGAGUGAUCCUGACUCACCCGUUCGUAAAGCUGCCUUGAAGCGUUCAGCUGAUGACUUGGUUGUUGUGGCGUACGCAUCAGCAGCUGAAUUGCUCAACGCGCGUGUGAUUCGAAGUCUUCAAGCUGCAGCUAGAGCUGUAGUUAGCGCCUCGAAUAAUCUGAUUACAACUAGUCGCGUAGCGUCAAGCAAGUCAAGGGCUAACAACUAUCAUGUGACGACUGAUGAGAGAGCAGUUAACGAUCUACUACCUAAAAUGGUUAGUGCAAUCAGAUUUAUUAGAAGAGAUCCUGAGGAUCCGUUAGCUCAGUUAGAGUUAAUUUGCACUUGCAAGCAAGCUGUUCAGCCUUGUAGCCAACUGGCUCGCUCAUGUCGACAAAUAGUUCCAACUAUUAGUGAUGCCGCUCUUCAAAAUGCCCUUGAUGGCUCCUCCUCUCAGAUGGUGGUUGCUGUGGAAACCCUCAAGGCGUGUUUGGCAAGAGCUUCUCCUAUCGCACGCCAACUUCAAAUGGAUGGAGCUUUGGCUUCUCUCUUGAGGACUGUUCGAGAGGCAGAAGAACUUGAGAAACUUGCUAAAGCAGGAACUCUUACUGCACUACCUGAUGACAGAGUGGAAGAUCGUUACCAGACGCUGAAAGUUGGAGUUCGGGAUGCUCAGAAUGCAACCAGUGAGGUUAUAUCAGCAGUCGAUACUCUUGCUCAAGAUUACGCCUCACCUCAGAGCCCUAAUCGUGACCAGAGCGAAGAUUGGCUAGGUUCAUCAGCAAACCGGCUUGCAUAUGGUGUCUCAGAUCUUGUUCGUUCGACUAGAAGUUGUCUUGCAGCCGAGGAACGACCUGUUGAUGCAAGCUUGGCUUCCAGUGUUCGUUCAGCUGCUCAGCUGGCUUAUCAACUUGUCUGCGAGGCGAGAAAACUUGAGCCUGUCCAACCAGCUAAUCUUACCCCUGAUCAACAAUUUGAUGUUUUGGAAAGCAAUAGAAAUGUCAACGCAAAUUGCAAACUUGUUGGGGAAAACCUUAAUCGAACACUCUCUGAGUGCCUUCUGAAGGCUCUUCCUGGACAGAAAGAACUAUCAGAGGCUUCUGAUUUGGUCCAACGUCGCCGAAAGGAACUUGUUCGUUUCUCGGAAGAACCAUCUGUUUUCGAGUACCCUAUUGAAGAGUCACGAGUUGAGAAAAUUCAGUCAGAAUUCACAGGAGCUGCGGUGGACUUAAAUCAAGCUACUGCUGAUCUUACAUCCUGUUAUACCCCAGUUAAUUUCUGCAAAUCCUCUGUUCGAUUUGCUGGAGCUUAUGAUAAUCUGGUUGACAAGGGUAUUCAGUUAUCACGCACCAGGUCAUCGAAAGACCCUUCUAAUGGUCAAUUAAUCAAUGGGCUCGUAGACGUAUCGGAUCGAAGCGGUGAAAUGCUUGAGAGUGCUAAGCAACUCUGCAGCCAACCUGAGGCUGAACCACUUAGACAAAGACUCAUUGGAGCUGCAAGGUCGGUUACGGACAGUAUCAGCCACCUACUAAGUGUUUCCUCUUCAGGAGUUAUUCCAGGUGUUGCAGAUUGCGAUGCCGCACUACGACGACUUGAGUCAAUGAGACCACUUCUUGAAUAUCCUGACAAGCCUGUCAAUUCACACAUUUAUCAAACUUGUGUCCAUGCAUGUGCUCAGUCACUGACGCCACUAUCUGAAGGCAUUCGUGGAACUUUAGACGGUGUCAAGUCACAUAACACUGAGAUAUUUACGUCAAAUGUUAGGAGAGUUACCGAUUCACUUUGUCAACUUGCAGAAGAAACCUCUCAGGCCGCAUAUCUGAUUGGUACUUCUCAGCCCACUUCUGGAUCUGGUCGAGUCAGUCUCAUUGACAUCGCAUUCUUUGAACGUCUCCAACGUGAUAUUCGAACUAUUUGCGGCGCAAUUUCCAGUCCUCAAGUUACUGAACGCGAGGUUGUGAGUUUGGCCAAUGACUUAUCAGCCAAUAUGCGUUCACUACGGGAUGCCUGUAAUUCGAUUUGUGCAAAAUCUACCAAUGCGGAAACACAGCGGAAAUUGCAGGCCCUAUCCAAUGACGCAACCCAAAGUAUGAGUGAAUUGAUCCAACGCAGUGCUGAUUGGUCAGAUGAAGGGCGUCGCGCGACCAAUAAUCACGCACAUGGGGUCAAUAUAAGCAUUGAUCGCUUAAUGAGUUAUCUUUCCUCCACAAACGAAUUUGCCUGCGAACCAUCCAGAAUGAGUAGAGAAGCUAAAGCCGCUCAACAACCUAUUUGUGCUGCGGGUCAAGCUUGUCUGGAAAGCGGUAAAGGCGUAAUUUUAGCUUCAAAGCAUAUGCUCCAAACUGCGGAUUCUAAGGCCCAACCUUCUGAUACAGCUUUCGCAGCCUUCACAGCAGCUAGCCGUGAUUUGACGGACAACACGAAACAUCUUCUUAGCGUCCUUAAUGCUCAAGCACCAGGCCAGGCUGAAUGCCAACGUGCUCUGUUGAACAUUCGUCGACUAUUGCACGAAUUGGAGCGUGAUAAGAUGUCCAUAAUGGAUGGUGCAUUCGCUCCUCGUCAUCAAGCGACUGAAGAAGGUUUCCUGAAACAACUUUCAGUGAAUUCCCGUGCUCUAAGAGAUAUCGCGCCCCAAGUAGGCCAUGGAGCUACGUCAGAAGCUGAGAGACUGGGUCACACAGUUCGAGAACUUGACCUCCUCUUACCGGGUCUUGUUUCCAGUGCUCUUGGAGCUGCUUCUAGGUCUUCAAACCCGUCUGCUCAAAUGACAUAUCUUGAGCACACUCGAACUGUUAUUGAAUCCGCCGAACAGUUAGUUUCUGCAGCUAAACAGGCUGGAGGAAAUCCAAGAAAUGAUGGCAUUCGUGUUGCUGUUAACGACUGUGUUAAUGCACAAGUUGCCUCGUGUGAAGAACUACUCUCAGCUAUUGAAGGAAUUUCAUCACAGCAGAACUUCAUGAACAAAUUGAUGGCUGUUCUCGAUGAGUCACAAAAUCUUGUCGAUAAACCAGGGCGCAUUCCUUCUGACGCUCAUUUCACUGACUAUCAGUCUCGACUUCUCCGAUUGGUUAGGCACAUGGAACAGCAGACCGAAGUGACUGUCCGUACAGCUAGACGACCUCAGGAGACAGCUAGUCAAGAAAUUACGGGAUUAGUUCAGAGUUUGGCCCAAGACUACGCAGAGAUUUGCAUGAUAUCUCGAGACGCCUGUGAGACGAUUCGUGAUCCCCAUGAAGCUGAGAAACUUCGUUGGGCUGUUAAGAAUCUCGGUCAGACUACGAGGGGCUUAAUAUUAGCAACUGUCAACGCUGCGUCUUCGAAGUCAGACACGUCUUCACUUACACGAAAGGGGGCUUUGGUUAGACCUCCUGCUAGUAUUCGUAGCUUAGACUUCUCUGCUGGUGCCAUGAAUGAACGGCUCCGGGAAUUAAUUGCUUUACUGGAAGCUCAAGGUCCUGGUACACAGGCCUGUCUACAGGGUGCUAGUACUGUGAGUGGAAUUAUUGCAGAUUUGGAUACAACUAUCCUCUUUGCCAGCUCUGGAACUCUUCAUCCACCGAUUCGGGAUGACGUAGACAUGCAGCAUCUGGAAUCACAGCAGAGAUAUUCAGCCAUCUCUUCGGGUUACGAUGCAUUUGAUCGAGAGGCUCAGAGCCAUUUCAUUAGCAUACGAGAGAGCAUUCAUCGCACAGCUGAUGCAUUGGUUCAGGACACCCGGUCUCUAGUGCUAGGUGCCGGCGAGGAUCAAACUCGACUAGCCGGCUCUACCCAAAUGGCCGUGCGCAACAUCUCUCAAUUAGCUGAUGUGGUGAAGCAAGGUGCCGCUCUGAUUGGUCCCGGUCAAAGUGACAGCCAGGUGAGUGAGAUACUAUUGGUGCAAAUUCUCAGUGCCGCGAAAGAUACUGCUGUGGCUCUCAGAAACACUCUUCUCACAGCUGCUCAAGUUCAAAGCAAAUCAAAGAAAGAUCCGGUCUUCAAGGAGGUUAAAACUUACGAGAAUGUAGGCCCAUUUAGCACUUUUUAA